CACUUUUUAUCACUGGCUGGCUGAACCCAGCGUGAAAAGCCCAAACUCCGAAUCAAAGUCCCUUCUCGCACGUUCCUCACCGACAACAUCAAUGAGAAUGUCCCGACGACUCGACCCCGACCCCGACCCCGACUCCGACCGUACAUCCCUACCUCGCUCACGUGCCUCUCACGACCCCAUCGACAGCCGGCACUCCCAUUCCUCGCCGCUCCAUUUACACUCCCCUCUUUCUCCGGACACCCACCACUCUCACUCCACCACCUCUUCCUCUACCACUACCUCUCACCAGUCAGAAACCGCCGCUUCUCCACCGCCACUUUCACCACCCAUGAACGAAGACGACGACGUAUCAUCCCCCUCUACCUCCUCCUCUCCUUCUCCCACUCCCAACUCACCACCAUCCUCCACCCUACCUCCUCCACUACCACCGCUGCCGUCGUCACGGCCUUCCCAUACGCCGGCGUUUCCGUCACGCGAGGAUUGUUGGUCGGAACCGGCGACUCACACUCUAAUCGAGGCAUGGGGGACCCAUUACAUGGCCCUCAACCGGGGCAAUCUCCGGCAGAAACACUGGCAAGAAGUUGCUGACGCGGUCAACGCCCUCCACGCCCACACCAAGAAGCAGUAUCGCACCGACAUACAGUGCAAGAACCGCAUCGACACACUGAAGAAGAAGUACAAAGUCGAGAAAUCUAGGGUUCUCGAAUCCAACGGCCAGUACUCCUCCACGUGGCCCUUCUUUACUCCUCUGGAUUCCCUCAUCGGAAACUCCUUCAAGCCCUCCUCUUCGCUGGCGCCCACUCCGCCUGUUCACCGGAAAAGACUCCCCGCACCGUUGCUCCUUCCGCCACCAUCCGCCGUCCCCGUCGCACCCCGAUCCAAACGUCCGGCGUCGGCAUCAGUCCACGACUCUGUUUUUCGGCGUAAUCUUCCAGUGAAGGCGGCGGCGGUGGAGUCUGAGGAGGAAUCGGAGGAAUUGUCGAGAUCGAGGUCGAGUGCCGCAGGGAAUAGAAGAAGAGAUAGUGAUGGAGUCGGGGAAGGCUAUAGGAAGUUGGCAGAGGCGAUAGGGAGGUUUGGGGAGAUAUAUGAGAGAGUGGAGGAGGCGAAACAACGGCAAAUGGUGGAGUUGGAGAAGGAGAGAAUGAAGUUUGCAAAGGAUUUGGAGAUUCAGAGGAUGAAACUGUUCAUGGAAUCACAGGUUCAGGUCGAAAAGAUUAAGCGGGCCAAGCAAAAUUCAUAGCCGGUGGGUAGAGCAUUUCCAAUUUACAGUUUGCUACACAUUGCUUCGUUUGGAAAUGUGAUUUAUUGAAUUUUUGAGCUUACUACAUUUAUGAUUAAUUGUUCUUUUUUAUUACCGUAGCAUUUUUUAUGUGAUUUUUGUAUUGAUAACUUGGCCUAUCUAUGUUGUGAAUAAGAAUGUGAUUUUAGGCACA